UUACAGGUGUUGUUUUCUGAGUCAUAUGUGUUGGUGUCCCCGCUUGUAAAUAAUGGUGUCUUUAUAAAAUCGUUUAAAAUAACACCUGUAGAAUAAUGUGUACCUGUUUUAAUUAAUUUCCAUUUUUGUGAUAUGUUUUAGUGUGAAAGAAUUUUCUAAGUAGUGCAAUGUAUUCCAGACUUAGGCAUAUUAUAUUUAUAGUUAUCGUAUAUGUAGUAUGGUUAUUUGACUAUAGUAGGUUACAAACACUGGGACCUUCGGACCAACCAGAGGCCUUUUUUAAUGGUUCUUCAUACAUAAGACUGCAAACUACACUAUCAUUAAAAAGACAUACAAGUAUUAGUUUUAGGUCGUGUAUUGGUGGAGAGUUAUUUACACAAAAACACAAUGAUAACACCAUCGAAUUGUCUGUAAAUGGAGAUAUUAUCAAAUUUGUGGUUAACACAGGGGAGCGUUAUUUUGAAACAAAACUGGUUGGCAAUUAUUUAGACAAUAAAUGGCACGUUAUUCAGUUAGAAUAUCGACUUGGCAACUUAACAUUGGCUGUUGAUGAUCACAAGCAGCUAUUUGCAAAUGCAACAUAUCAAUCGGAAGUGUUAACGAAUCCUAAUUUAUACAAUGACGGGGCCAUAUUAAUCGUUGGAAAUCAUUUCAUCGGCUGCAUAUUAGAAGGACCUUCAAUUAUAUUUAAUAAAAGCUUUAUUCAUCCUCAUAACGUUAUAUUCGGUGUAUGUCCAAUUCCGCUCAACUCUUGUUCACCUAAGGAAGAUAUGAAGACAAGUCGAGCCAUUGAUUAUUGUAUUAACGAACCGUGCAUGGGGCAAGGGGCAUGUCAUAGCGGAUCGAACUCUUAUACAUGUACAUGUUCCCCUAGAUAUUCUGGAAAAAACUGUGAAAUUGAUUUGGGUAACUUUUGCGAUAAAAAACCAGCAAUCUGCAAGAAUGGCGCCACUUGCAUUGAAAUAAAUGGGAACUAUCGGUGCAGUUGUGCGCCAGGUUAUGUCGGUGUUAAUUGUGAGCAAGAAGUAAUAAUAAGUCCUCUGUGUACGCCGAAUCCUUGUUUAAAUAAUGGAAUGUGCGUUGUUAAUACGGCUAUAUCUCGAGCACAAUGCAACUGCCUACCAGGAUUUACUGGCGCGCUGUGCGAGGUUAACAUCAACGAGUGCCAAUCCGCUCCAUGCUUAAAUAAUGGAAAGUGCAAGGAUGGUAAUGAUAGUUAUGUAUGUGACUGUACCGCAACAGGGUAUGCAGGCAAAAAUUGUGAAAUUAACAUCAAUGAAUGUCGGACCAAUCCCUGCCAAAAUUUCGGAACAUGUUUUGAUACAUACGGAGGGUUUACGUGUCUUUGUCCACCCGGUUUUGAUGGGAAAAUGUGCCAAUAUAACGUGGAUGAGUGCGUUUCGCAGCCUUGUUUAAAUGGUGGGCAGUGUAUACACAAACUGGGAGGGUACGAUUGCUUGUGUCAAUCCGGAUUUGCAGGCAAAGUAUGCGAAUUGGAAGUUUACGAAAACCCAUGCUUGCCACCGAAUUGCUCUACUGAUACUGUUUGCAUUAAUAAUCCAUGUUUAAAUGGUGGUACAUGCAAUCCGUUAAGCAAUUCUUACAAUUGCACAUGUUCUCAGGGAUAUACAGAUAUCUCUGAGUAACCCUAUAUAGUAGGUAUUAAAUCCCAUAUAAAAACGAGUUGUGAGUUACCAUGCGUGUUAAAGUUUGGCCUUCACUGGAAAUAGGUAUAUUGGAGGGUUAGGAAAAAAGAUAGGAUGAAGGCCCAGAGAUCCUCCCAAAAAAAACCACCCCAAAACCACCCCCAAAGGUAC